AUGAGACAAACCUCGAGGACGCGUGAUACGAGUCCUUUACGAGUGACGUCCCCGCGAAAUUCUCGGAUUUCGCCAUUCCAUCGGCGUCAUCAUCGAACAAAUCAAAAUCAAAACCCCCUCGGUCAGCAGCCCUUUUCACUGACUGUACCUGGUGCGAAUGUUGCUCCUGGCGAUUGGGGAGCCAGCGUCCCUCCAGCUUCAAUUACAUAUGGGCAUCUAGAGGACCUUACAUCGGACAUGCAAGACAGAGCCAUUCCAGGAACUAUUUACCCACUCGGAAACUCAAGAGCGAUUCCGUUACUCAGGCCCAAUUAUGUUACAUCAGGCGACGAUGGCGUUAGCAUCGAGCAACUUAUCGGCUCGCGUACUCUUCAAAGGGCGUUUGUAAGGGAUUUCGCCAUGCACUUACAGUACGAUCGCCACCGUCCACGCGAAGAGAAAAAGAAGCUGUGCAGGCUGCAGCUAUGGGACUUCGAUCCGCAAAAUCUACCAGAAAUAUCACUACCAAAUGUUGGUCAUCUUCUCUCCCGCGUCAAGCUCAACAACGACUCUUCAGUUUCCAUCGCAAAAGAUUUCAGUCAAAUCGCUUGCUUCGUCCAGGAGCAGAGCGGGAGAGAACAUCACUACUCAUCGAUUUUCUCCAAACUGACACUCGUCGUUAUCUCUCUGCGCCCGAAUAAUCUAGGAGACACGCUUUGGUCGAGGAACUUUGGAAACGACGCGUUAUGUGUCUCGAUAAGUCCAAUGAAUAACUAUCUCGCAAUCGGAAUGAAAGUUCGAAGAAUGAGCUUUCCGCCGCGGAAUGUCCCGCUGAUUGAAUUCUAUUCUAUGAACGACUCCACCCGGGCUGUUUCAACGAUGACGGCGGACUUGAGCUCCAACUUUAGUAGCCGAAACCAACAAUUCGUCGUUAACACGAUUGCGUUCAUGCCCACACCAGGGCAAGGGCUACUCUACGGCACUUCAACUGGAAAACUGUGUCUCGUGGUUCCAGAUUCUGCGAAAGAAAACUCGUCCGAAACUGAGGACCCUCUGAGCGAACGAGAACGUCAGGAGCAACGAGCGGAAAGCAGAGAUAACCUCCGCGCGCGGCUACGUUCUGCACAACGUCAGGCAUCAAUCCGAAAUACGACUUCCUAUCUUCGUCUGGGCGAGAACACAGUUUCAGUCACUCCUGCAUAUUCAAGCACGCGUUCGCGGGCUAUUUCCGUUAUGAAUCGACUUGAUACUGCUCGUGGCAUUCUUCGACGCACAACGCAAGAUCCACUUUUGUCAAGUGGUUCUAUAACCGAGUACAGGCCUGUCACAGUUCAGUUGCAGUCUGGUCAAAACGGUGAGAUCGGAAUUAUAAGACGAGAUGUUUCGCCAACAUUACUUAAUCCUCCGAGUCGGUCUUCAUCGGAACGAAACGCCAUUUUGAACCGGAAUGCUCCUGCGCAAUUUAGCUCUCCUUUGUCUCAACGUCGUCGAACUCGGCGAAGGUCAGCAGCGUCUUCCAGAUCAUCAAGCGCACCUCAACGAUCGAGAAGACGCGCGGAUGUCCCUACUAAUAUCGCAGAUUAUUCUGCAUACAUCGAACAGAUAAGGCUUGAAAGCGUGGCAAGGGUAGCUGCGGCGAGACAGGAAGCGAGGUUAGCCGCUGAGGCCAGGCGCGAUGCCAGUACGAACACCGAUUCGAGUUCAGCAGAACCCUCCAGGACUUCAAGAGCAUCUACUUCAACCUCCUCCCAGCAACCUACUCGAUCAUCUGCUCGACUGAGAGAACGACGAACAUCACCUACUACUCAAGCUCAAACCAGGCGGCAGCUGAUGGAGAAUUUACGUAGAAAUGCGGAAAGUUCUGGCACUCAGCAAUUGGAUAUCCAGGCCUUACAGCGAGACUUGAUAGAACAACGUGCUCAACUUGCGAGGCAGCAUGCGAUCCUAGUAGAACAUCAGCGCAUGAACAGUCGCCUUAGGAGACGAGUCGUCCAUCAAGAGCGGUUAGAUGAGUUGAUGAGAAUCACUGAUGACGCGAGGAACAGUCUUACUUCGCUAGAGCCUGUUCCCUUAUUCGCGGAAGAUGUAGGAUUUAACGUUCACCCAGCACAUUCUCCACCUACAACGUUGACGCCGCAAACGAUCGCUCCAUUUCCAAGAGAAGAGAAUUCGGGACCGGCUCCUCCUGCAACUAUCGCCCAGUCGACCGAUCAGGCGGCUGGAGCGCAUAUUAUCGAUCCCAAUGUUCACAUGCGACUUCUGGAAAUUGAAAACGCUUUGAACAAUCCAACUUCUUCAUCGCCCACGAAUCCGUCAGAACCUCCACACAGCGACCGUUAG